ACACAUUCUCUUCCAUUUUCCUUACACUCUUGCAUGUUUUCUAAGCUCUAAUAACAAAUUCCACACACACAUAAAACCCUUUUGCUACUACAUACUAUCUACCUACUCAUAAAAUUAAAUACUAGUGUGUGAUCACCUUAUAUUAUUAUAUAUAAAUAAACCUUAGAUUUUUCAUUUUAAUUAUUCCAAUAACCAAAUUUAACACUCAACAUGGUGGGUUUGAGUUCUAAGAGCUAUGAGCUUCUAUCAAAGAUUGCAACCAAUGACAAACAUGGAGAGAACUCUCCUUACUUUGAUGGAUGGAAAGCUUAUGAUAGAGAUCCAUUUCACCCUACAAAAAACCCUCAAGGUGUUAUUCAAAUGGGUCUUGCUGAAAAUCAGCUAUGCUUUGAUCUCAUUGAGGAGUGGUUAAAGAAGAAUCCCAAGGCUUCCAUUUGCACUCCUGAAGGACUUCAUCAAUUCAGAGAUAUUGCCAACUUUCAAGACUAUCAUGGAUUACCACAGUUCACAAGUGCUGUGGCAAAGUUUAUGUCAAAAGUGAGAGGUGGUAGGGUCAAGUUUGAUCCAAACCGUAUAUUGAUGAGUGGAGGGGCAACAGGUGCAAAUGAAUUAAUCAUGUUCUGCUUAGCUGAUCCUGGAGAUGCUUUUCUUGUUCCUACCCCUUAUUAUGCAGCAUAUCCGCGCGAUUUGUGUUGGCGAACCGGAUUACGGUUGAUUCCGGUUCAUUGUGAUAGCUCCAACAAUUUCAAGAUCACAAGAGAAGCUCUUGAAUCAUCAUACAAAAAAGCUAAAGAUGAUAACAUCAAUGUGAAGGGUUUGAUCAUAACAAACCCUUCAAACCCUUUGGGAACAUCUUUAGACCGUGACACAUUGAAGAGUCUAGUGAAUUUCACCAAUGAUAACAACAUACAUUUGGUGUGUGAUGAAAUCUAUUCAGCCACGGUUUUUGAUUCCCCACGGUUUGUAAGUGUUGCCGAAAUCAUUGAAGAAAUGGAUGACUCAUCAUGCAAGAAAGAACUCAUUCACAUAGUUUAUAGCCUAUCCAAGGACAUGGGAUUCCCCGGUUUUAGGGUUGGGAUAGUUUAUUCGUACAACGAUAUAGUCGUGAAUUGCGGCCGCAAGAUGUCGAGUUUUGGAUUAGUCUCUUCCCAGACUCAACAUAUGCUGGCCGCAAUGCUGUCAGACGACGAAUUUGUGGACAAUUUUCUUAAGGAAAGUUCUAGAAGACUGGCGAAACGACACGAAUACUUCUCAAAGGGGCUAGAAGAAGUUAACAUCAAAAGGUUUCCGAGCAAUGCCGGAUUAUUCUAUUGGAUGAAUCUGAGUUCAUUGUUGAAAGAACAAAGCUUUGAAGCCGAAAUGGCGCUAUGGCGCGUGAUCAUCAACGAAGUGAAGCUCAAUGUUUCUCCGGGAUCAUCUUUCAAUUGCUUGGAACCAGGUUGGUUUAGGGUUUGUUUUGCAAACAUGGAUGAUGAAACGGUUGAAGUUGCACUGAAUAGAAUAAGAGCAUUUGUGAUUGGGAAAGAGAAAACAACAAAGAAGAAUAAUAAUAAUAGGGCAAAGAAAAACAACAACGUUGUUGAAGUGAAAAAACGUUGGCAACAGAAUCUUAGGUUAAGUUUCUCUUCAUCAAGAUUGUUGGAUCAUCAUGAAACUGUUAUGUCACCUCACAUUUUGUCUCCACAUUCACCAAUUCCAGCUUCAUCACCACUUGUUCAAGCAACAUAAUCAUCAUCAUCAUCAUCAUCAUGUGGUUCAUCAAUUUCAACUUAACAUGUCUAUCUAAUUAUUAUUAUUAUUUAAUCAAGGGAAAAAAAUAAUGUUGUUGGUUUGAAAUUAAGGUUUGUGUUUUUGGUUAAGAAUUAGGUAUCAUCAUCAUAUGAUUUUGUUUUUUGUUUUUAAUUUAAUUUUAGUUGAGAUAUAUUGUUAGUUGAGAGGAAUAUUGGGUUGUCCUAUGUAUACAAACAACUAACUGUGGUUUGUAUUUGGGUGACUGAUGAAUUAUAUGUACAAUUGAUUGAUGAAAGUGUAUGACAUGAUUUUAUAUAUUAUUAUAA